GCCCCCCAACCCCCAGCCCUGAUGAUGAACUUCCUACGCCGAAGACUGUCAGACAGCAGCUUCAUCGCCAACCUUCCCAAUGGCUACAUGACUGACCUGCAGCGGCCGGACCCUCCCCAGGCCCCGCCGCCUGUGUCCCCCACCCCGGAGAGGAAGCCCCCGCCCCAGCCAGCCCCAGCCCCCCCCGGCCCCGGCUCCGGCUUCUUCAGCUCUCUCACCAACGUAGUCAAACAGACCACAGCGGCGGCCACAGCCGGAUUCACAGAGCCCCCGGCACCCAGGAAGGGCAAAGUCCUCCUCCUGAUCGACCAGCCUGACACAGACUGGGCCAAACUGUUCCGGGGGAAGAAGGUGCACGGAGAGUAUGAUAUCCGCCUGGAGCAGGCUGACUUCACGGACAUUAACCUGGUGGCUCAGGCCGACGGCAGCUGCAUUGUGGACAUGCAAGUGAUCCGGAAUGGCACCAGGGUUGUGAGAUCCAUCAAACCUGACUUUGUGGUCGUACGUCAGAAUCCCUUCAACAUGGCAGAGAACGAGGAUUACAGGAACAUCGUGAUUGGCUUCCAGUAUGGAGGGCUUCUCAGUCUCAACUCCCUGGAAUCCAUCUACAACUUCUGUGACAAGCCGUGGGUGUUUGCUCAGUUGGUCAACAUCUACAAAACCCUGGGAGCCGAGAAGUUUCCCCUCAUCGAGCAGACCUUUUACCCCAAUCACAAGGAGAUGCUGAGCUUGCCGACGUUCCCGGUGGUGGUGAAGAUCGGACACGCUCACGCGGGAAUGGGAAAGGUGAAAGUGGAAAAUCACUAUGAUUUUCAGGACAUAGCCAGCGUGGUGGCUCUGGCUAACACCUACGCUACAGCUGAACCUUUCAUAGACUCCAAAUACGAUAUAAGGAUUCAAAAAAUAGGAAGUAAUUACAAGGCGUACAUGAGAACCUCAAUCUCCGGAAACUGGAAGACAAACACUGGAUCUGCCAUGCUGGAACAGAUUGCCAUGACCGACAGGUACAAGCUUUGGGUUGACAAGUGUUCGGAAAUCUUCGGCGGGCUGGACAUUUGUGCCGUGAAUGCUGUUCAUGGCAAGGAUGGCAAGGAUUACAUCAUUGAGGUGAUGGACUGCACCAUGCCGCUCAUCGGCGAGCACCAGGCGGAGGACCGGGAGCUCAUCACUGCGAUGGUCGUCGGCAAAAUGAACCAAAUGGCGAAGACAUCAAUCCCAUCGCCUCAGAAACCCACUGCCACCCGGCAACCCCAGAGCGGAGGUUUGAAGGAGACACAAGUGGGCUCGCUCCCUGCCCAGCGUCCUCCACCACAAGGGGGCCCAACACAACCCCAAGGAUCGCGUCCAUCUGGCCCGGACCCUGCUCAUCAACAGCGCCCUGGCCCCCAGGGACCACGUCCAGGAGGGCCCUUGCAACCCACAGGCCCCCCACCACCGCAGCAGCAGCAACUGCAGCAAAGACCACCUAGCCAAGCAGCCCCACCAGACAAGGCACUACAGGGCCAACCGCUGAGAGGUCCCCAGGGUCAACUGCAGAAGGCAUCUCAAGGCCAACCGCCAAUAGGACUCCAAAGCCAACCGCCAAUAGGACCCCAAGGCCAAUUGCCAAGAAGACCCAUGGGCCAACCAAUGAUAGGACCCCAAGGUCAACCGCUAAAGGGAUCGCAUGGCCAACCACCAAUAGGACCCCAGGGCCAACCAGCAUCUCAAGGACAGCCCUUAAGAAGACCCCCUGAGCAGCAGGUCCAGACCCAGCCUCCAAUCAACUCACAGCCACCGCCCCCUCAGCGGCCCCACCCACAUUUAAACAAAUCACAGUCUCUGACCAACGCGUUCAACAUCUCCGAGUCUUCGUUCUUCCGAUCCAACCAGGACGAAGCCAAGGCCGAGACUAUCCGGAGGCUGCGCAAGUCCUUCGCCAGUUUAUUCUCCGACUAGAGAGCAAGGGAGCGUGUGUGUGUAUGUGUGUGUGUUGGUUUGUG